UACUCUGGCGCCUCCUAUCGGCGAACUGCGCAGCUUCAUUUGGUCAGCUGUGUGCCGCGCGCGGCUGGUGUGCCCGACACAGUGGUGCAGGUGAAGCGAUGCCUCAGGCUGGUAUGAACUUUGAGCCUAAAAGAAGGGGAACCUAUCACAACAGCCGUAAAACCAAUGAUCUGAUCAACAACACAGGUUUGGUUAAUGGAGCAGUUGUUUACAAUGGAUGCUCAGCUUCUGCCAGCAGAAUCAGUAGGAGCACGCCAGCUGGCACACAGCAUGGUCCUAAACCCACAUACAGGAUUAACGGUUAUAUUAACCAUGGCUACAAAGGCAAGAGUACAAAAGCAGCACCCCCAGGGACCAUCAAGAAACAAGGAUGCAAAAUUUCAGCUCUCUGUGAUUCCCCAGCAUCUGAUGGAAACAGCAGUGAAGAUCUCAUGAGUGGUAACUCAGCCAAAGUUAGUGCUCCGCCCAGUAAUAUUAACCAAAAGGUACCAGAUCCCAGCCUGUCAGCGUCAGGGAAGAACAAAAGGUGGAGGAGAUCUAGACACAAGAAGAGAGACAAAGAAGUCGUCUACCCGGAAAAUCUUGCACCCGCACCCACAGAAGCGGAGGAAGACUGGGAAAAGGAGAUCCAGGAGGGCACGCGCUCUGACCGGGAAAACAUGUGUUUUGGGGCCAGACCUUAUGGUCCAGAAGACGUCGUCCAUUUUGCUUUGCAGGACCUGACACUAAAGCAAAGGGACACAGCGGCCCUGCCGGUGUCAGUUGGUUACAGCCCAGCGGUGCACCACCCACACCCCCUGACAUGGUCCCGUUACAGCAUUCCCACUGAGCCAGACCAAUUCGCAGAUGCUGACUAGUAAGCUGGGCGUAUGCCUGUAUGUUAGAAUAAUGGUUGAUAUAAGAAUUAACAACAUCUGUUUCUAAAAAUUUGUUUCAUUCUUAUUUGGUUUAGUGGAAAACAUUAAAUUUAACUUUAUAGGUAAAAGAUUGUGGGGUGGAGUCUAGGUUACCAUCUGGUUGUUUUUUAUUGUAGGUUCUAUUUUAUAUUUAAAAUUCAGGUUUUAUAUUUGUUUUAUAUUACAACGAAAUACUUUGAAUUUUGUGAUCUUAAAGGUUGGUUUUAUUUUAACUACUACUUUUAGUUUCACUGCUGCAGUUAGUGCUGUUCCUUACACAGGUCAUGGAUUUCCUGUUUCGUUUUCAUCUUAUAUUUCCAUUCUUUUUCUUGUCUGUGCUAAAAGAGCAAAAAUACUAGUUUUAACUGUUUCUUUGUGUUUUAAAAUGCCUGAAAUUGAUACCAUGUUGCUCAUUUGAGCUGAAAGAUCUGUUUAAUCUGUUUAUAAACACCACCUGUUCACAGCAAGUACAUGAAGUAACUAUUUUAAUUUGACACUCAUGGGAUAGUCGAUUUAACCAAGAAAGUAUGGUUUGAUUAUGUAAUAACAAAGUGAUUUUUCUGGUUGUUCAUAUCAUUUUUAUUACCAUAAUAAAUCACAUUUUCUUCUAA